AUGAAUAACAAUAAUGCUCAUUCAUCAAUAUCCCUCGAUACAAAAACAAUUCCAACCAUAUCAUCGACAGCAACAGUUGCUAGUGGUGGAACAAAAAAAUUGCUCACAAUCAUUGGCAUUAUUGUCAUUGUUGUCUUGAUUCUUGCUAAUACCGGUGUUUUGAUAGCUGAUCUUAUCAUCAGAUAUAAAACAGUAGAUUCAGAAGGACAAGUGACAACUGUAACAACAACAUCAGCAGCAACAACAUCAGCCAUGACAACAACAGUUACUGGUGGAUAUUCUAAUAGUCUUAAUGGUUUAAAUAGUGCUGAGUUGUAUGAUCCAUCGAUAGGAGUGUGGACAAGUACUGGUAAUAUGAAUUCCAUGCGAUAUGGACACACAGCAUCGGUAUUAACAAAUGGAAAAGUAUUAGUUAGUGGUGGAACCCCUAAUAAUACUGCUUGUUGGAACCAGGCUGAGUUGUAUGAUCCAUCGACAGGAGUGUGGACAAGCACUGGUAAUAUGAAUUAUCAACGAUAUAUGCCUCAAGCAUCGGUAUUAACAAAUGGAAAAGCGUUAGUUACUAGUGGUGACAGCUGUAGCUCUGGUUUGUUGAAUAGUGCUGAGUUGUAUAAUCCAUCAACAGGAGUAUGGACAAGCACUGGCAAUAUGAAUUAUGCACGAUACCGCCACGCAUCGUCGGUAUUAACAAACGGAAAAGUGUUAGUUACUGGUGGAGUAGGCGGCGGCGGCGGCGGUGGUUACUUAAAUAGUGCGGAGUUGUAUGAUCCAUCGACAGGAGCGUGGACAAGCACUAGUAAUAUGAAUUAUGCACGACAGUUGGACACAUCAUCAGUAUUAACAAAUGGAAUAGUGUUAGUUACUGGUGGAUCCAACGGUACUUCUGCUAUCAAUACUUGUGAGUUGUAUAAUCCAUGA